AUGAUAAAAAGUAUAAAGUUGAUCUUUAUCGACGACCAAAGCGUUUUGCAAGUAGGAGGACGACUACGGAACAAAACAUGCAACGUUGACAUAAAACAGCAGUACAUCCUGCCUCCAUACAACAAGUUUACGGAGGCGAUCAUCCGAGAGUAUCGCCGUGAAAAUAUGCAUUCCGAAAACCAGCUAACACUGUCAAUGGUCCGGAAGAAAAUCUGGAUUGAACGCGACAAAUCUGCCGUCAAACGCUUCAGCUGCCUACGAUGCUUCCGUCAAAAACCGAAACCACUGCAUCAAUACAUGGGCGACCUACCAACGGACCGAGUAGAGCUCGUCUAUCCAUUCUACAACACCGACGUUGAUUUCUGUGAACCGGUGUAUUUGAAGCCAGCUAUUCGUUCUACUAUCCGUGUGAAGUCCUACAUUUGGGUGUUCGUGUGCCAAGCAACCAAAGCGAUUCAUUUGCAGUUAGUUGGAUUCCUGACUUCAGUUGCAUUCAUCGGAGCCCUGCAACGGGUCGUGCCUCGACGAAGAAAAAGUGCCAAGCCAAUAUCCGACAAUGCGACAAAUUUCGUCGGAGCCAAUAACGACCUAAAGGAAUUCCACGAACUGUUCAACUCCCAACUAUUCCUCAGGAAGCUCCCCGACUUUACCGAGGAGAAGGCCAUCCCCUCCAUGUGCGCCAUCGUGUAG